UCAUCAGCAGCAACCGCAAGCACCGCCGCAGCCGCAGCUCGGCCCCCAAGACAAACCCCAACCGCCGAUUCCCCGAUCAAGCCAGACCUCGCCUGUCAAGCAGUCACCCAGCUCCUCCAGAUCGCCUACUAAGAAGCCUUCGACGAGACCUGCGUCUCCCGCUCAGCCUGCAUCUCCUGCCCAACGAGACCGGGAGCCGCCCAAGCGGAGUUCUCGCUCCUUCACCAAGCACUCGACCGAUCAGGGGCAUCAGGGGUCGUCUUCGUCCUCGUCUACGCGGCGCAGCCGCAGCGAGUUCCACACCCAUCCUCUCAACCUACACCCCGACGAGAUCAAACGCUUGGCUCGCCAGGCAGCCUACGAGGAGAAGGCGAACAGGAGGAGCAGAAGCUCAACGGACAAGAUGGAUGUCGACCGGGAAACCCAGACCGCCCAGACGGCAUCGAAUGUGGCAAGCCCCCCUCCGUCUUCGCCACCUCCCCCUCAGCAACAGUCCUCCUUUGCCGUUCCUGUCAACCCCCCCACUGCGAAUGGAGAGAAGGCCGAUGCGAAUGACGAUGCCGAUAAACCAGUCCCGCCACCCCAUAGAUCGAACCCCUCCAGCCCGGUGCCAACCGAUGCAGAGGCAGCUGAGGCCCACAAAGCAGACGGGAAUAAGUACUUCAAGCAGAAGGAUUAUGCUCGAGCAAUCGCUGAGUACACCAGUGCGAUUCAAUUGAUGCCGGAUGAGCCCGCUUAUCUUGGCAACCGCGCUGCCGCUUAUAUGUCGGAUGGGCAGUACGAAGCAGCUUUGGAUGAUUGCUCUCGAGCCGUAGACCAGGACUCUCAGAAUGCCAAGUAUCUGCUUCGCCUGGCUCGUAUUUACACGAGUCUAGGACGUCCCGAUGAGGCAAUAAUGACCUUUGGCCGCAUCCGUCCUCCCGCUUCUCUCAAAGACAUGGCUGCUGCCAGGGAGAUGCAGCUCCACGUAAGAGCGGCCCAGGACGCUCUCGACCGUGGCACGAGUGGUUCUAUGGUUUUGCACGCGUUGGACCAGGCCGAGAAGCUGCUCGGCCCCGGCGCGGGCAAACCCCGAAAGUGGCAAUUGAUGAGGGGCCAUGCGUACCUUAAGAUGGGAGGCGCCAAUUCCUUUGGGGAAGCGCAGAAUGUGGCCAUGGCGCUGCUGCGGCAGAACAACCUGGACCCCGAAGCGCUGGUGUUGCGAGGACGCGCCCUAUACGCCCAGGGAGAGAACGACAAGGCCAUCCAACAUUUCCGGAAAGCAUUGAGCUGCGAUCCCGAUUUUAAGGAUGCGGUCAAGUGGCUUCGGAUGGUCCAGAAACUGGACAGGAUGAAGGAGGAAGGGAAUUCAGAGUACAAAGCGGGCAGGUGGCAAGCUGCAUUUGACAAGUACUCGGCUGCCUUAGAGGUGGACCCUACUAACCGGGGCACGAACUCGAAGCUCUACCAGAACCGUGCUAUGUGCCGCCUCAAGCUUGGACAAUAUGUGGAAGCGAUCAGCGACUGCGAUCGAGCUAUCAGCCUGGAUCCUAUGUAUGUCAAGGCUCGGAAGACGAAGGCGAACGCGUUGGGCCUCGCUGAGAAAUGGGAGGACGCUAUCAGCGAGUGGAAGUCGGUCCAGGAAUUGGACCCCGAAGAUCGAACGAUCCCCAGAGAGAUUCGAAAAGCGGAGCUGGAGCUGAAGAAGAGCCUGCGCAAGGAUUACUACAAGAUUUUAGGUAUCAGCAAGGGCGCGGACGAGAGCGCCGUCAAGAAAGCGUACCGAAAACUUGCCAUCGUCCAUCACCCGGACAAGAACCCCAACGACGACGAGGCCGCCGAACGAUUCAAGGACAUUGGCGAAGCCUACGAAACCUUGAGCGACCCUCAGAAGCGUGCCCGUUACGAUAGCGGUGAGGAUGUGAUGGACCCGUCGGAUCUAUUCGGUGGCGGCAUGGGAGGUGGCAUGAGCAACGGUAUCGACCCAGAAAUCCUGUUCAGCAUGAUGAACGGCGGCGCGCCCUUCGGUGGCGGCCAGGGCUACGGCGGCGGUUUUAGCGGCCGCACGCGUUCACAAGGGUAUCCGGGCGGAUUCCACUACGGUUGACAAUCCAGGGACGACCAGGAAGGCUCCAGUGGUGAUUUUCACUCUGAUGGGGAUGCCGAGUCCGGGACGGAGCGGGAAGGCUGGGAGGAGUUCAAGCCUGGCUCCUCUCAGAACGUGAUCUUGGACGAGAGGAUCGCGCAAUUACGGUGGUCUCUGGUGGCGAUCGGUAGCACGUUCGUGUUCCUACCCGCCGAGCUAGCCACGACGCUGCUCGUGUUGUAUAUCUGCGUGGUAUUUGCAAGGUCCACGGGCAUUGCACGUGGGAUGCUGUAAAGACUUUUAGGUAUUGGAGGGAUAGACGACGCUUCAUCACAUUGCUGGCGUUUGGGAAACUAUACUGCACAGUGGACCAGCCGGAGGACGGCGAUACCAAGGGCGACCACUCUCGAGGCGGCGAGGAGGGUAGGGACGCACCCGCACAGAAAAAAAAGAAGGGAGAACCAACACUAGAUACUUGAAUGAUAGGCAUGAAGUUAUCCCGCCUUUAUGGGAUACUAUAUAGACACAUUCAUUGUGCCCCCAGCUUCAUCGGGGCAUAUGCUAUGUAGGGGGUUGGAUUUCUCGCGUUCAUGCCAGUCAUAACGCAGUCGUGCGGGUCUUUUUGUCCUGAUAUAUAUAUUCUACGUAGGUAGGU